AUGAAAAUUGACUUUAAAACCUAUUUAUUGUAUAUGUUCUCGACUGUUCUAAUUAUUGGUUUGGUUUAUAAUCUGAUUUGGUUUAACUAUGCUAUGUACUUUAUUGAUGGGGGUGUUAAGCUGUUUGAAGAAGAAUAUUUAAAUGAAACAAUGCCGUUUGUUACAGCAAAAUUCGAGGUAACAAAAUUAAUUUACAUAUAUAAUGGAUAAUUUAAGACAGAGCGUGAAUGCCUGUACCAAAAUUUAUAGUUUUACCUCGCACUACCUCCCUCCCUCCCCCUCCCGUCCCUUUUUAUCACCUUAUUUUUUCAGCUGUAUUCGCUACCCUUAAACCUUUUUGCAGUACUACUUUCAUUUUUUAUACUACUUCCAUUUUUCCGAACCGAAAAUUUUCGGAUAUCAUAAAACG